AUGGCUACGACAGGGUUUAGCAGACCUCCUUAUUUCUUCUCUACCAGCAAGUGUAAAGUACCAACACCACCUCAAGCUUUACCCAAGGCAAAUCCGAAUGAAUCAGUUGAAUCCAAUAAGAAAUUGAUUGAUUCAAUCGCUAAAGGUUUGAUCGGGCUCGCUGCUGCAGUCUCUGUUUGUUUAGAUUCUCCAGCUCUUACCGAGUCCUUGACAAUAGCAUUCCCAACUUCUCAUACUCAUGAGGUGAAUGCUGUGCAACGAACUCUCAUAGAGACUUGGGGUUUGAUCAUAGAUACUUUUGUUGAUCCAACUUUUAAUCAUCAAGACUGGGACUCGAAAUUCCAACAAACAAUGGUGGAAAUGCUUCCACUUAGAACAGCUGAUGUCGCAUACAGCAAGAUUAAAGGAAUGCUUUCUACUCUUGGAGAUUGCUUCACUCACAUUAUCAAUCCAAAGGAAUACCAACGUUUUAAAAUUGAAAGUGAUGGAAAUGUGCAAGGAGUUGGACUAUUUGUGAAUACUGAACCAGAAAUCGGUCAUCUGGUUGUAUUAUCCGGUGUUGAGGGUAGCGCAGCUACUAGAGCUGGAAUACAUGUAGGAGAUGAGUUGAUUGAAAUAAAUGGAGUGAGAGUUAAAGGGAUUAGUGGUGAAGCUGUUGCACAAAAGCUCAGAGGUCAUGUUGGGACAAGUGUUACAGUUAAAGUGCACAAUAGAGGUGAAACUACCCCAGAAUUUCAUCAGACUUUCUCCUAUAUCAAGUGUCUCAUUCCUCAUAGAACACCAAAUGGUCAUGUAUCCAAAACCAGAUAUGUAAAGCUAUUAGCCUUCUCCCAGACUGCUGCAACAGAUAUGAAACACGCCAUUCGUGAAUUGGAAAAUCAGGGUGUUGAAUCUUACAUUUUGGAUCUCCGAAAUAAUCCAGGUGGUUUGGUGAAGGCUGGACUUGAUGUAGCUCAAAUAUGGCUGGAUGGAGAUGAGACUCUAGUGAACACAAUAGAUCGAGAUGGGAACAUGCUUCCUAUUAACAUGAUCAAUGGCCAUGCUCUUACUCAUGAUCCGCUAGUUGUUCUUCUGGCGAAGCAUAAAGAGGUGGUUCAACUAUGUGUGGAGGGGAACUUCAGUGGUGAAGAUACUGUUAGGGUUACCACCAUGAACAAGCAUGGGAAGCAUGAUUUGGAUAUUCCAGUCAUUGUCAACCCAAGAAAUGAUCCUCCAUUUAUUAAUGUCCCUGAGUUCAUCAUGUUGGAGAAUGUGACAGAAGAUGAUAUUCACUUUCCAGGUCAUAUUCACUUUCUAGUUUACAACACUGCACUUUUCAGUUAUGCUCUUACAAGAUUUGUUUGUAGGCCUAUGCAUGAGAUCACAUUUUCAACAAUAGACAUACCAAAGCUCCUAAGUCGGGCAUUAGAAGCCAGGAGCUACAUAAUGAUGUUUCAUAGGUGCUCCCUGGUUAUAAACAGGUAUGAAUAUGAUUUACGCUUCCAGUUCACAUUGUAUCCAAUUAUGGAGAGGAUAUUUGGCCCCAUAGUAGUAGCUCGUAUUGCAGGAGUUAUGUCUAUACCACUACUCAUGAGUUAUCCAUUCAUAUCCAUGUUGACUGGAUUUGCUCUAUCGUUGACUUUAAAUUGUGCAUCCAUUAUAAAGAAUGUUUUAUAUGUAUCCAUCAUAACGGGGACAUUCAUGCUGCAAAAUAAAGUUGUGGUAAUCUUCGCCUCCUCAGUUCUAUAG